AUGGUAUCGAACAAUGAAUUCGGCGCGCUUCAUCUAGAGUCGGACCUGAGCAAGGAACUUCUCCCCCGCAAAGAAGUGGACUACAAUGCUCUUACUCAGCGCCAUGAUAGCACUGAGGUUUGUUAUUCGUUUCCACAAGACUCACAUAAGGCGAAGACUAAGAGGUUCCGGCAAAGCUUUCUUACAUCUACUAUCGUCUCGCCGGCAGCAUCUCACAUCACAUCUGAGUUUCACGUUGAAUCAGCCAUCCUUUCCUCCCUGAUAACCACUAUAUUUGUACUCGCCUAUAUGUUUGGCCCGCUUAUUCUAUCUCCUCUCAGCGAGCUGUAUGGCCGUCGUCUGAUACUUAACUGUACCAACGCCGUCUUCACCCUGUCCCAUAUUGGCUGUGCGCUAGCACCAAACGCUGGAACAUUCCUCGCAUUCCGCAUAAUAUCUGGCCUUGCAGGGUCGGUAAGUCUAUCUGUUGGGGGAGGAAUAGUUCCGGACCUUUUCGAUGUUCAUGAACGCGGUGUGCCUAAUGCAUUAGUCACGACGGGGUCAUUGUUCGGGCCUGUAUUAGGGCCUCUUUUUGGGGGAAUAAUCACACAAAGAGCCGGUUGGCGAUGGAUAUUCUGGGUUCUUCUCAUCGCCUGCGCAGUUGUGUCAAUUGCCAUGGCGGCUUUCACACUAGAAACGAAUGCAGCGGUGAUAAUCCGUCACAAGGCAUCAAAAUUACGAAAGGAAACCGGCAGAGAAGAUCUCCAGAGCGCAUACGACUCCGAAAAAACCUCCACCAGUUUCAACAAUCCUUGGCUCCUAGUAGGUCAUGCAAUUUCCCGCCCCUGGAAAAUGCUCCUCCAUUCCCCUCUGUUGGUCAUCCUUUGCAUCAUGGUAGGCCUCAUCUCAGGUCUACUCUAUACCCUCCUUACAACCACCUCUUCCUUCUUUCAAGAGUUUUACAGGUGGUCUCUCGAGACCGCUGGUCUUGCAUAUAUGGGCCUCGGUCUUGGCAGCCUGGUCGGUCUUAUAGUGUUUGCGAAGACUUCCGAUCUCCUCACCGUCCGGCUCACCAAGGCAAACAAUGGUAUCUUUCAGCCCGAGAUGCGCAUAGUGACGGCGUUCCUCCCGGCACUGUUCAUACCAGUGAGCUUUUUUGGUACGGCUGGUCCACGCAAGCCCAGACGCAUUGGAUUGUUCCGUUGA